CAACUCUUAGAAAUCUAUUAUUUCAUUGAUAUACUCGUAAAUGUAAGGUGAUGUUUUAAUCCCAUUUGAAUAACAUGCUCUCUCUCCAUAGCAACGGUUUGUUUAGAAACCAAAAUGGCGUCGUAGCAACGGCUUACGUCAUCACUUACAUCGCCUAUUGUUUCAUUGACAUUUGCAACCAGCUCAUCACUCACAAUGCUCGGUCUGCCACUCUUCUCCUCGUUAUGAACAUUACUUCGUCCAUUUUUAAAUCUAAUUCACCAUUGGCGAACUCCACCUUCACUGAUUACAUUGUUUCCAUAAACUUCACAAACUUACCAAUACAUUUCAAUCGGUUUAUGGUUUUUUGCUAACAAAAACCUUAUAACUGAGCGCACCUCACAACUGACGGGAUUUUCAAUUGUAGCGCACAUUUCAAAAGGCUAUUGUGACGAAACGAGCAGCGCGGUCGACCUCUCUCUAGCAAGGCUGGAUGCCGACUGACCUGCGGAAUGCCCAGACACCAAAAUGUACGCGCUCGCCCCACCCACCGCCGCUACAUAUAAAAACGUAAUCUACUUUCUGAAUAGCCCUCGUAGACUGAGAGAAUAAUGAAAUUAUAUUUUUCAUACAAUAAUUAUCACAAUAUUGAUUAGUUGUCUGGACUCAAUACUAAUUAUAUGAUCAUAAAUACAAUAUAUAUAAAUAUAAACAAAAUAAAAAUCUCAGUACCCUUUUUGAAAUAUUUUAUCACAAAAUAAAAUAUUUCAAAAAAAGGGUACUGAGAUUUUUAUUUUGUAUAUAUUUAUAUUACAAGUAGCCCUAUACAGAAAAGAGAUAAAAAGAUAUUAUACAAUAUAUAAACUAGAUAACUUACAUGUAGUACGAAGUACUAAACUUUUUUGAAUUAUUCAUUGAUAAAUAAUACAUUCAUAAAUGAUCAUGUAAUUGCACUAUUCACGCUUGGAAUUUUGAUUCUAUAUCAGUUGUUUCAUUAAUUUUUUUUCUAUUUACAACAAAUGUUUACUAGACCAUAUUGGCUUCUUUUUCACUUUACUUUAUUAUUGUGUACUUCCUUGUGCCAAGUUUGUUUUUAUGCAAUCAUUAUUGGUUGAUUUUAUUGUAUGUUAUGUCACUAUGUUCACACUGUUACUAAACAAGAAAGCUAGCAUUGUUUUAGAUUAUGAAGUUUGGUGCCGUUAUCACUGGGAGAGUCUGACUUGGUCGCCGCUUAAGUUGGACAUGUUGAUGGCCCGGAUGUCUCGACUGCAUUUUUCGAGGGCCUUUUGCUGCUACAGUGUUCAACAAUUAUCUUCAACCAAAUUCACCGAAAGUAAAUUUAAUCGAAUUUUAUUUUUGUAUAUAAAGUUUGUCGGUGUGUGCGUUGAAUACUUUUGUGUUGACCCGCUAUUAGUGAUAAAAUUUAAGUGGCUUCCGGAACUCCUAGUGAUAAUGUCGGUGUGGUGCUAGUCGUUUACCAUUUAGUAGCAAUAAACUAUAAUAUUUUGAAUAUUCCUGUAAAAAGUGAACAUACAUAUGUAAGUAUAUUGUAUAUUAUGUGUAUUAUUAUAUUAUGUGUACAAUGGUGUUCUAUUUGUAUAAUGUUUUUGUAAAAUAUGAGAAUAUUUUGUUGAAAUA